AUGCCAUCUUGGCUGGAACUGUGUUAUGAGUGGGAGAUCCAAGCUGUAGUUGUUGCCAGCUUCAGUCUGCAGGUUAUCCUCUUCUUCUUUGCUGGGAUCCGCCGCUACAAUAUCUCGCCUGUUCUCAAGGUCCUCCUCUGGCUAGUAUAUCUGUUUGCUGAUUUCGUUGCAAUGUACGCCCUGGGGCACAUGUCUUCGUCCUUGUCGAAGAAAUCAUCUGGUGAGAAUCAGUUGGUGGCGUUCUGGGCGCCGUUCCUCCUCCUGCACCUCGGCGGUCAGGACACCAUCACUGCGUACGCCCUGGAAGACAAUAAACUCUGGCUGCGCCAGCUGCUGAAUAUGUUUCUUCAGGUCUCCGGCACCACUUAUGUGUUGUACAAGUACAUCAUUGCAGGCGGGGCGAGCUUUAUCCCUGCCGCUAUGUUGGUUCUGGCAGCCGGAGUUGUCAAGUACGGCGAGAGGAUAUGGGCGAUGAAGCUUGCAAGCAAGGGUGGUUCCCCUUUCGGACACCGUAAGGAUAUUCUCGGGAGGAUUUGUAGUGUAGAGACGUCUCCACCGUCUCCACCUAGUAAUCAGAACAUCUGCCGGUGGAUUUAUGACCGCUUCACCAAAAACAAACAGUUUAGAACAUAUGCAUUUCUUGUGACGGAAGCACACGCGUUGCGCCAUGUACUUGCCAAGCCUUUAGUCAUAGACGGGAAUGAGAAGUCCUAUGAAUUGGAUCGACGCCGCAGUAAAAUGCUGAUAUAUCGUGCACAUGAAUAUUCUUGGGAUGACGGAAAAGGCGGACAUCCAUGGGAAAUGGAGAAGAGGAAUAAUGGGGAUUUGUACAGGGCCAUAGAGGUGCAGCUCGCCCUGAUGUACGACGUGCUGUACACCAAGGCAGGAGUGGUCCACAAAAGGCGCGGGCAAUGGAUCCGUGCCAUUUCUCUUGGGUCUUGCUUCGCCGCUCUUGUGGUCUUCACACAAAGCAACAGAGAUGGAUACAGCACACCCAACAUUGUUAUCACUUUUACUCUUCUGGGCGGAGCUUGCGCACUGGAGGUCGCAUCUCUUUUCAAGGCGAUUGGGUCGACCUGGACAUAUGCCAUCCUGAGAAACCAGGGGUGGAUCAAACUGGCCAAUGCGAUUCUGUUCGCACGACACCAGCUCAUUGUCGUCAAGGAUGGAAGGUGGUCUGAUUCCGUCGGGCAAUAUAACUUAAUAUCCUUCUGUGUUCACAACAGCAAGGACUGCCUCAAGAGAAGAAUAGCCAAAUGGAUUGGGGUGAAGGUCUUGUGGGACAAAGCUCAAUGCACCAAACAUCCCAAGCUUUCAUCUGCCGUGAAGGACUUCGUAUGGGGCUUCCUCAAAAGUUAUAUGUUUGAAAUUGAAGAAGUGGACAUCCAGAGUGGGAACUGGGCUCGCAGGUUCAGCGGCUUCGACUUCGACCAGAGCCAACAGCUGGAUUGGAGCCUGAGUUGUGAAUUUCACAAGAGCGUGCUUAUAUGGCAUAUAGCCACAAGCACCUUCCUCAAUCACCCUGCCGUCCAACCGGAGCCGGUCGACAAGGACAUGGCAGAAGCAGUCAAUACCCUGUCUGAUUACAUGAUGUACCUCCUAGUCCGGUACCCUGAAAUUCUUCCCAAGAAACCAGCUACUCGAGACCUGCUUCAAGAAACCUGCAGCGACUAUGCUGAGAAUAUGAUAAGCUCCAAAACAUAUAAUGUGGUUGAUUCUCACCAGAUAAUUCUGGAUUUCAAGAAAGGGCAUAAGUUGACUCAUCACAGUUCAGGCAGUGAUGUGCUGUUCAAAGCAUCCAUCCUUGUUGGGAGAAUGCUCAACAUGGAGUUGGGGCUCAAACAUAAGAUGAAAAUAUUUGGAAAAGUGUGGACUGAGAUGUUGUGCUACGCAGCAACCAAUGCAUCUGGGGGAUUCCACGCUAGGCAGCUGAGCAAUGGCGGAGAGUUUCUGACCCACAUCCUGCUUCUCAGUAAACAUUACUCUCUUUUGUAUAAGAAACCAAGGCCGUUUAGAGAAGCUGAUGAAACUGUGAAGCUGACUGCGUCCGAUGGUUGCAACUGA